GAAUACCACUAUGUUCGCCCAAAUGUUGGGCGCCCCUGGCGUCCAUCUUUUAUCCUGCAAAGAAGUCGCUGAUUGCAAAUGCUUUUAGUUCCGAGGAUUAUAAUCUUACAAGUCGAAUAUUACCUCUCAAAGGACCGUGUGUGUCUGGAACAUAUACAGAGGUGAACCAAUGCAAUCUCAGAGAUAGCGGGAAACUAGUCGCAGUCAAGUCGUACAGGUCCAUGUCCGGCGAUCCACGCGAGAAUCACUCGGAAAAAAUUCAUCCGGAAUUACAGUUGCUGUCAUCAAACCUUCUUCAUCACGUCAAUAUAGUUCCAUUCCUGGGCUUUAAGAAGGACAAACCGUUUCAUUCUCUGGUCAUGCCGUGGAUGCCAGAUGGCACUCUCACUUCCUUCAUGAGUACGAAUGAAGCAGUCCUUGAAACAGCUGCCAAGGCAACUCUUUUGCACGACAUUUCCUCUGGCCUUGAAUACCUUCAUUCAAACUUGGUGGUUCACGGAAACCUAGAGAGCGACAACGUACUCAUUACUGAGCGACAUAGUGCUUGUAUUUCUGGCUUCCGCCAGUCAGUGAGACUUUCCUCAAGAAAUGCCACAUGCCCUCCGUCCCAGAUGCCGCCUAAGCCCGAAAUUCACUUCACUGGUCCAGAAUGGUUCGAUUCGAAAGACGAUCAGGUAUUUCAACAUCUCCCCAAGACUCUUUUUAAAAGCGACACAUACUCCCUCGGCUGUAUCAUGUUUUAUGUUUUCACAAUACGCAUACCUUGGCAUGAUGUAACAUCCGUAGAAAUAUCUAAUCGGCUCCGGAAGCGCGUGACACCAUCGCGACCCGAGGGUUCGAUAGUCGACGAUAAGCAAUGGGCGCUCAUAGAACCAUGUUUGUCACUUCGUCCACAAAAGCGACCAUUCAUAUUGGAUGUCUUGAACAAGAUCAAGGAUUACCUCGUAUCCAUUGGCACUCCCGAUCUUACUGGGCAGAUCGAAAAGCGGGGUAAUGAUCCUGCUAAUAGAGGAGGCUAUGGGUUGAUCUAUGAAGCCAUCUGGAAGAGAAAGACCGGGGGCCAAGUCAAGGUUGCCGUUAAAGUUAUGCAUUUCGAGGCUUCGCGAAUGGAUCAAAUAAAGAAGAAUUUGAAGCGUGAACUUGCAGCUUGGAGAAGGCUAUCUCAUAUGAAUAUAGUUUCGUUGUUGGGCACUACGAUGGGCUUCGGUCUUAUCGAAGGCAUGGUCUCCCCGUGGAUGAAGAAUGGAUCACUCCAGAAGUACUUGGAUCAAGGGAAUGACGUACCUCUAUCGAAGCGUAUUCUUUGGGUGGAAGACAUCGCCGAAGGGCUGAAAUAUCUUCAUAAGCAUCCUGUAGUUCACGGAGACCUCACUCCAUGCAAUGUUUUGAUCGACGACGACGAAAGGGCCGUACUGACUGAUUUUGGCCUCUCCAUUAUAUUGGGCGGCUUUACCAAUUUGUCGGUCACAUACACCGAUGCAACGACAGGAGCAGUAGCCUGGGCAGCCCCAGAGCUAUUCUCUGACUCCCAUGAUAGUAGGGGACAGGAUCCAAGCGUACCAAGCGACGUGUACUCUUUCGCAUGCCUAAUGUAUCUGAUUUUUACCGGAUCCCACUUGUGGAACAUGACGGGGCGCAACGCCGAAACCAACAUCAUGCUUCGUGUGAGGAAAGGCGAAAGACCUUCUAGACCUGACGCUAUUAAUGAUACCUAUUGGAGCUUGAUUGAGCAGUGUUGGGAUCAAAAGCCAAGUUCACGUCCAAAGAUCAGCGACGUCUUGCUGCGGUUGCGAAACAUAAAUCCUGUGUAAAAAUGAUGACCAGAGUUCCUAUGCGAUAUUUCUCAAUACCUUCAUCUGUAUCAUGUACUCCUACAAUAGAUCUUAUGAAUUCAG